CGCCGCUCCCGCCCGAUCGGGCUGGGCGGGGCAAGCACCUCCUUCCUGUUUCCGCUCGGAAUCCCGGAGCCCUCCAGGGCCGCGGGAGCUCGGCUCGCCCUUUCGCCGCUCGGCAGGCCCGGAGGGUGCCCGGCGCCGCAGGUUUUCUCAAUAGGAAAACAGAAAAGAUGUUUGAUAUUAAGGCUUGGGCUGAGUACAUCGUGGAGUGGGCUGCCAAGGACCCCUACGGCUUUCUCACAACUGUGAUCCUGGCUCUCACGCCACUGUUUGUAAUUAGUGCAGCGCUGUCAUGGAAGCUUGCAAAAAUGAUUGAGGCCCGGGAACGAGAGCUGAAGAAGAAACAGAAACGCCAGGAGAACAUUGCAAAGGCCAAACGAACAAAGAAGGAUUAAAUGGGCAAAAAUGGCCUUCCUUGUGCAAGGAAUCCACUUUUAAAAUGAAAUACUUGUACAUUUUGUGUUGCAAUUGUCCUUUGAUACUUGAUCCUGUUAUUUCUUGAAGUAUGAAAUUUAAUACUUCCAGUGUAUUUUUUUCCUGCUGAUUUGUGUUAAAAUUUGCCCAAGCGACAUUUGUUAAUUAUAUUUACUACUUGUAUUCUAGUGCAGGUUGCUUUUCUAAAUUUGCAUGUUAAAUUAAAAACUUAACCUCUU